AUGGUCAAACAACAAUCUUGGUUCUCCUUGGCUAUCCUUGCGUGUUAUUUACUUGCUGGUGUAGUGGCAGAUUGCGAUACACCUCCGCAUAAAGGCAAAUGCGCCAAAGGGAUGGAUCUCGUUGAUCUUGGCAGUGGAUACAAAUGCUGUGAGCAAAUCUGCCCAAGUCCUCCAAAAGGCAAGAAGUGUCCAGACAAACAAAAGCUAAAGAGCAUUGGCCCUGAAGGAAAUAAAGUGCCAUGCUGUAUCGAUCCUAGCCAUAACUACAAGUACGAUAGCUAA